CGAAGAUAUAACAAUUUCUACCAAUUUCUAUUUCAAGUCAAUUUUUUGUAGUUAUUUGUAGAAAUUUGUUCCGCUAGGGCUGCGCGUAUGUGUAAUAGCGUACCGCAUUAUCGUGGAUAUUUCACGGGUGCCGCGUUAACGAUCUUCCGGUGGCACGUCAGUUCCGAGUCUAUACUUUCGUGCCAUCAUUUUUCAAUAUCAUUCAAUCUUCGCGAAGGUCGAUUUUAAUGACAAAAGGCAGACUCGAAUUCUAUGGACAGAGCUGAACGCUCUACAUGUACACGUAAUCGUUGCCACACCUAUUAUCGAACGCUCAGUAGUGCGCAACAGGUUUUAGGUCGUAAAUUACGUUCGUAAUUCGCUCUUCAAUUUCGCGCAAUUCCCGCAAAGGUCGCGCUAAAGUGUUACGCAAGCGGACAAUUUGAAAUUUUGUCGAAGAAACGUAACUGCGGGAACGCUUUUGCGAUCGUUCUGUAUCUACUUUUCGCUAUAUCUACGUUCGCCGAGCGACGCGUAAGAAUGCAAAUUCUCAGAUUAUCGAACAGCCGUAAACGAUUGUGUCAUUACUAGUUUCCUAUUCUUAUGCGACGAAAAACUCGCGACGCGGUAAAUGAUGGUUUAAUAGUUGACGAUAAGCCGCGCGAAACUAGUACGUUCCUGUGUGCUAUCGAGUGCUCGCAUUUCGCUGGCUCGUGGCUGCGUAGAAGAACCGACCUCGUCGCCGUCGUCGUCUUGACAUUUCCCGGUGAGAUGCCGGCUAACGCAUACCGCUGCCAGCAUGUACAGACGAAUCUCACACUAUUCCCCGCGCCGAAAGUGGCUUUUUCUGGCCGCCUUGACUUCGUGCGCCGUGCUCGUCGUACUUCUCGCGCGGCAUCCGUUUGUCGAGAAUAACGCAGCAGCACGCGACACUUACCUGGACGACGUACCCGCAGACCUCUAUCAGACAGUGCUGCGUACAUGGUACAACUUUUCCAACGGUGAAAAAUGGUACAACAGGAAGAAUUUGUCCGCCUUGAGCCCAGAAGCCUUUCACGAUUUGUACAUCGACAUUCAACAAGAUUGGAUAAUAUGGAGUCACGAUCCAGGGGAAUCGUACCGGCUUCAGGAACCAGAUGUGCAAGAUCCAUCGAUAGGACAAUCAGCUGCGAUACGCGAAAUUUUCAACGAUAAGAAGAACGGAUUUUUCAUAGAGUGCGGCGCGUACGACGGGGAAAUGCGCAGCAACACAUUGUUUCUGGAGCGGUUUAAUGGAUGGUCGGGUCUGCUGAUAGAAGCGGAUCCCAUCAAUUUCACCAAGAUGCUGCAAAAGAACAGAAGGGCCUAUCUCUCGCCGACGUGUCUCAGCAUCACUAAGAGCCCCACGGUGGCGUCCUUCCUCAUGGCCAGGAAUGUAGGUCGUUUGCACGAGUCCAAGAACACGACGGAGAACGCGAACACGCCCGAUGUGGCUUACACGGGGGAGCACGUGGGCGUGCAGUGCCUACCGUUGACACUUUACAUCGCCGCGUUGGGCGUCGAAACGGUCGAUUAUUUCAGCCUCGACGUCGAGGGCAACGAGAUCGACGUGUUAGAAACGAUACCGUUUAACGAGGUGGACAUAAAGGCCCUCUCCGUGGAGUACAUACACAAUGCAAAGGGACGGAAAUACCUGAUCGACAUGAUGGAACAACGGGGAUACUACGUUUACAGUUUCGUCAAGCAUCCACUGAAUUUAGCGAACGACAUCAUUUUUGUAAAACGCGACGUGUGACGAAUUGAUACGAAAAAAAGUGCAACGUUUCUAAAAUAAUAAUAAUGUUCCUGUGUAGUUAUUUUAAUAAUAUCCAACCUCUGGAUAUUAUUAAUCUUAUCUCGUUGACUUGUGCUAGUCGUAGUCGUAACAACGGACCGCUUUCGUCCAAAAAAUUGAUAUAUGCGAACAAACGUCUGAAACAAUGAAGACAUUCUUUUGUAUUAAACAAGAUAUUUAUAAAGCCAUACUUUUGUAACGCUUUUAAUAAAAUAAAGUGCCCCUUUUUCUCUAUUUA